AUGACCACUACCACUCUUUCUACCAAUCUUCAGGACAUCGUCAGCCCGAAAUUUCACCAAAACAACUUUGCUGAGGAACUCUACGUUAAGAACGACCUCGGUCUCAAGCUAGACAAAGACGACCAGAUAUGCAGACUGUCUCUUACAGCGACCGGCUGCCCUCUCGGCCCACUGCACUGUCCUCUCAGACACACCACGCCCUCUGUGCAGAACUUCCAGCCGCCCAAGCAGCUGCCCACACACCCUCGUGAACGCGAACGUUUGGCGACCGUCUGUAAGCACUGGCUUCGCGGGCUAUGUAAGAAGGGCGACGCAUGUGAGUUCUUGCAUGAGUACAACCUCCGCCGCAUGCCCGAGUGUUGGUGGUACGCCAAGUACGGCUACUGUUCUGCCGGCGACGAGUGUCUCUAUGCGCACCCCAAGGAGCGGAAGGUGGAGUGUCCAGAUUACAACAGAGGCUUCUGCAGGCUCGGCCCGAACUGUCCCCGCAAACACGUACGCAGGGUGGCAUGCCAGCUAUACCUCACCGGUUUCUGCCCUUUGGGACCCGACUGUCCCCGCGGCCACCCGAAACCAGGGAUCCCACCCCCGAAAGCAUAUGAACCCCCUGAACCGCCAUCAGUCAGGGACCUCGGUCCGCCCCCACCGGGUUACGGUAGGUAUGCGGACUUUGACAGGGGGGGUGGAGGAGGGGGCAAUUUCCCCGGGGCCCACCCGCCUGGUCUUGGCGGCUCCGGAGGGCCCCCGGGUCCGCGGAGGAACCUCGAAGACGUCGUGUGCUACAAGUGUGGCGAGAAGGGCCACUAUGCGAACCACUGCCGCCACCACUCGCACAAGCCGUACAAACGGUGAGCCAAGUGACGGGCUCGGGAGGGCUGAACCCCUCCAAGGACUUGGUCGUAUACUCUCACUGUGUCCGAUUUUUGUACAUCAAUGUACC